GUAAAAGCAAAAGAAGAAAUAAAAAUAGAGAUGGGAAGGGCUCCUUGUUGUUCUAAAGUUGGGUUGCAUAGAGGUCCAUGGACUUCUAGAGAAGACACAUUACUUAUCAAGUACAUUCAAGCUCAUGGAGAAGGUCACUGGAGAUCUCUCCCUAAGAAAGCUGGGCUACUUAGGUGUGGAAAGAGUUGCAGGCUGAGAUGGAUGAACUAUCUAAGACCAGAUAUUAAGAGAGGGAAUAUAACUCCGGAUGAGGAUGAUCUUAUCAUCAGAUUACAUUCCCUUCUCGGCAAUCGCUGGUCUCUCAUUGCCGGAAGGCUUCCUGGUCGAACCGAUAACGAGAUCAAAAAUUACUGGAACACCCAUCUUAGCAAAAGACUUCUAAGCGAAGGAACUGACCCUAACACCCACAAGAAACUAUCAGACCCAAUAGUUCAACAAGUGAAGAAGAGAAAAAACAGCAUUAACAAGAAGCAGAACAACAAGAUCAGCAAAGCAAAAGUAGUUCAUGAGCCAGAAAUGCCCAAAAUCCAUCUCCCAAAACCAAUUAGGGUUACAACUUCUUUCUCUUUACCAAGAAAUGACAGCUUUGACCAAUGUACUAAUACAUUUAGCACAGUGUCUUCUAGCCAAGGAGGUGAGGGAGGCUUAGGUACAGAAGUUGUACAAGUCCCUUGGUCAGAAUACAUCAACGAUGAUGAAAACGGGACUGGCUUUCUUGCGGCUUAUAAUGAUGAUCAUGAUUUUGUUAACCGCUCAGAUUUCGAUUGCCAAUCUCAUGUACCAGCAACUGAAGAUGAUGAUAAUUCUCUAGAGAAGCUCUACGAAGAGUAUCUGCAGCUUCUGAAGACAAACGAAGAUCAAGUGCAGUUGGAUUCUUUUGCUGAAUCAUUACUGAUCUGAUAGAGAAAGAAGAAAAACAAAAGUGGCAUAUUAUAUGUUCUUACGAUCAAUUAUAUAUGUGUGUGCAUGUCAAAUGGUUUUGAGGUUAAUUUUCUCCCAAUAAAGCUGGUUGAAGUUGAAUCUUAGCUUUCAGGUGCUUACCUUCUAGCCACAUAAGUACUUAGAAGCAAAAACUAAAAAGGGCACAUAUCAUGUAUUUAUAUAUAUAAUAACUAUAUAUAUUAAUCUGUAAUAUAUAUGUGGGGUAGAAGUAUAUGAAUAUAUAGAGAUUUUUAAAUGAGAACAGAGAAUUUGCAUGGCAAUAAAUGAACUGACGAAGCCAAAGUUUAAACUUAUUAAAACUGGAAUUCAAAUAUCGUCAAGGCACUUCCCAAAAUCUGUGUCCGGUUCUAUAGUCCAUUGAUUGGAGAGGCUCUGCCUUGGUCGUCCGUAAUGGUUACAAGUCUCAAUAAAUUAGGGAAUUGGCCGGAAAUUAAGAAAUAAUAAAACCGAUCAACUGGUCAAAAGUAAUGUGGACAAUACACUACUGAUGCACUCUAU